GACAGCCAUUACCGAAUCACAGUCUCCAUACUGCUCCUCUGUCUACCGGGUCGGUGCAAAACGGACCGAGAGUCAGUGUUUCCGUGGCCGGCUGAUUGGUGUGUUUGUCGGGAUUGAGAGCCAGCGCAUCCCCGCCUCUGUCACCCUGCGUGCGGUAACGGGCACUGCCGUUAUACGCCCUCUGGCGAGAUGUCUUCCUCAGACGAGGAGAGCCUGAGUGAGCGUUCGUGUGUGAGCGAGCGUUCGUUCCGCAGCGAGAGGUCCGGGGGCUCUCUCUCGCCCUGCGCCCACAGCACAGCCGGGCCCAAAGGGGACACUUUGCCAUGGAACCUAUCCAAACAUGAGAGACGCAAGCGCAAGAGCCAGGACUCAGUGCUGGACCCCGCAGAGAGGGCAGUUGUGCGAGUCGCAGAUGAACGAGACAGGGUGCAGAAGAAAACUUUCACAAAAUGGGUCAACAAACAUCUCAUAAAGGUGCGGAAGCACAUCACAGACCUGUAUGAGGAUCUAAGGGAUGGGCAUAACCUCAUUUCCCUGCUUGAGGUGCUGUCUGGCGUCACAUUGCACAAGGGCGCGUCGACUCUGCGGAGAACGUCUGUGUCACGCGCACCCCCACUCAUCCUGCUGGGUGGGGAGGAUGAGGAGGAUGGAGCUCAGGGACCCAGGGAAAAGGGUCGCAUGCGAUUUCACCGACUCCAGAAUGUGCAGAUCGCCUUGGACUUCCUUAAGCAGAGACAGGUCAAAUUAGUGAAUAUACGCAAUGAUGACAUCACAGAUGGGAACCCAAAGCUGACACUGGGACUGAUCUGGACAAUCAUCCUUCACUUCCAGAUUUCUGAGAUCUAUGUGAGCGGUGAGUCAGGUGACCUCACGGCGAAAGAGAAGCUGCUAAUAUGGAGUCAACAGGCAACAGAGGGCUACCCCGGUCUCCGUUGUGCCAAUUUCUCCUCCAGCUGGAGCGAUGGACGCUUGUUCAACGCUCUUCUGCACAGAUACAGGCCGGACCUGAUUGACAUGGAAGUGGUUGCGCAACAGAGUAACCGUGAGAACCUGGAACAGGCCUUUGAGAUUGCAGAGUCAUUAGGAGUAACGCGACUUCUAGAUGCUGAAGAUGUUGAUGUGCCGUCGCCAGAUGAGAAAUCUGUCAUCACGUACGUCUCCUCCAUCUACGAUGCUUUCCCCAAGAUCCCAGAGGGUGGAGAAGGCAUUGCAGCUCAUGAGGUUGACCAGCGAUGGACAGAGUACCAGUCUGGCUUCUCUUCUCUGCUGCAGUGGACCAGGCAACACACGGCCCUCAUGGCCAACAGGAGCUUCCCCCACAAUCCUGUGGAACUCAAGGCACUUUACAAUGAAUAUGUCCACUUCAAAGAAACCGAGAUCCCUGCGAAGGAGAGAGAGAAGAGCCACAUCGAGCACCUUUACAAGCUUCUGGAGGCGUGGAUAGAGUUCGGGCGCAUUAAGCUGCCUCAAGGGCUACACCCUAAUGAUCUGGAGGAGGAAUGGGGAAAACUGAUCCUGGAGAUGCUGGAGAGAGAGAAAGCACUGAGGCCUGCUGUGGAGAGGUUGGAGCUACUUCUACAGAAGGCCAAUAAGAUCCAGAACAUGGCACUAGAUUGUGAGGAGAAACUCACGCUGGCGAAGAACACUUUGCAGGCUGACAUGUCUCAGCUAGAGAAUGGGCAGCCGGUACGGUGUGAGAAUGAAUUGGGGAUGUAUCUGCAGGACUGUGAGGCUUUAGUCAGACAGCUUCAUCUUGACCUGCAGGUCCUCAGAGAUGAGAAGUACUAUCAAGUGGAGCAGCUGGCUUUCAGGGUGUCCUGUCUGCAGGAGGAGCUGGUUUCUUUGCGCCUGCAGUGUGCCAGUGUGUACAGGAAGGGUCAUUUCUCCACAGGGGGUCUGCUGGGAGAGCAUGUGGGUCAGAAGGGUUCCUCAGGCGGCCUGGCUACGCUGGGAGCACAGACACUUCUGGGUGCAGUGGGUGCUGCUGCGUCCCUGCUCAGAUGGCCGAUGUCUCGUGCAGACCUGGUAGCCAUGUCUUCAUCUGAGGACGAAGGCAGUCUGCGCUUCAUCUACGAGCUGCUGGGGUGGGUGGAAGAGACGCAGGACCUGCUGAAGCGAGCCGAGUGGGGUUCUGAUCUACCCUCUGUAGAUCAGCACCUGCAAGACCACCACAUCAUUCACACAGCAGUGGAAGAUCUUCUGAAUAGCCUCAAAGAGGCUCGAAACUAUGAGUCAAGGGUCUCGCCUAAUUUACAUAGCAGUUACUCUGAGACUCUAUCCAAGCUGGAGAACCAGUAUUGCAAACUGCUGGAACAUUCGUCAUGGCGACUGCGCUGCCUAGAGAGCCUUCGAGCUUUUGUGUCCCACUGCACUGAGGAGCUGAUCUGGCUCAAUGAGAGGGAGGAGGAGGAGCUGGCCUUCGACUGGAGCGACAGCAGCACCAACAUGGCUGCCAAAAGAGAGCAAUAUGCUGACAUGAGGUCAGAGCUGGAGGAAAAACAGGAAGUGAUGCGCUCUCUCCAGGAGACAGCUGAUCGCCUGUGUCAUGAGAACCACCCAGCCAAACAAACAGUGGAGGCUUACAGUGCUGCCCUGCAGACGCAGUGGCAGUGGAUCAAAGAGCUCUGCAUAUGUGUGGAGCAGCAUCUCAAGGACAACACUGCCUAUUUCCAGUUUACGAGUGAUGCACGGGACUGUGAAAGCUAUCUACGUCAACUACAAGACACCAUUAAGAGACAGUACACCUGUGAUAAAAACAGUAGACUCAGUAGACUGGAAGACCUGCUGCAGGACUCCAUGGAGGAGAAAGAACAAUUGAUUGAAUACCGCAGCACAGUGGCCAGCCUUGUAGGCCGAGCCAAGUCUGUAGUCCAGCUCCGUCCACGCAGUGCAGAUAGUAACCUGGGCACCACCACGCCAAUUCGUGUCAUCUGUGACUACCGACAAAUAGAGGCCAACUCUCAGAUCACGAUCAGCAAAGGAGAGGAGUGUGUACUGGAGGAUAACUCUCAGAGGACUAAGUGGAAGGUCAUCAGUCCUACAGGAAAUGAGGCCAUGGUGCCAUCUGUGUGUUUCACCAUUCCUCCUCCUAAUCAGGAGGCCAUCGACACUGCCAGCAGAAUGGAGCAGAUGUACCAGAAUGUCAUGUCUCUAUGGCACCAACUGCAUGUUAACAUGAAGAGCGUGGUCUCCUGGCACUACCUGCAAAAAGACAUACGAAAUAUUGCCUCCUGGAGUCUGGAUACAAUGCGCUUACAGGCUCCAGCAGAGAGGCAGCAGACUUUAGACAACCUUGACGCCCACUUGUCCGACUUCCUUACAGACAGUCGCGAGAGCUGCCUUUUCACACCAACUGAGCGGCGUGAGCUAGAGAGAGAAGCUGAGAACUGCCGUGAACAUUGCCAAACACUGCUGGUCUCUUUGGAGACAGUGGAGAAGGAUGAGUUGGCCUCUCGCGCUUACCUCUCCGAGCUGCAGAGCAUCAAGUCCCAUCUGGAGGAUGCAGAGAGCAAACUGAUGCGUGGCAUGCAGACUCCACACCCCAGCACAAUAUCAGAAGUCGCAGACAAUGCAGUUCACAUAGCAGAGCAAGAGAAGCUGCAGCAGGAUCUGAAAGGUCUUCAGUCAGAUUUGGGUGAAGUGUCUCGUCGCUGCGUGAGCUUCUUUGAGGAGAAACCUACCUCUUCCAGUGUGCCUGUCCUACGCUCUGAGCUCAACCUGGCUGUAGAGCACAUAGAGAAACUGAACUCCCUCUCCUCUGUUUAUCUGCAAAAAUUGAAGACGGUUGAUGUGUUGAUGAGAAGCCUGCAGGCUGCAGAAAGUCAAGUGAAAAAGUAUGAGAGUCGACUGAGUGAAGAGAAUAUUGUCCCCGCUGAUACUGCUGCAAUCCAGGCCUUUGGAGAGCAGUUAAAUAAAUGGCAUUCAGAGCUGGAGGAGCAGAAUCACAUAUUCAAGAGUCUGAGUUUAGAGGUCCAGCAGGCUAGAGAGGUCGGAAACCAGCUCAACCAACUGCACCCUGACCGCAGCCCUGAACUGGACCGCUACCAGGAGAAAGCACAACAGCUCACAGAGAGGUGGAGCGGAGUGAGCAGGCAAAUGGAGACACGGCAAGCGGAUCUGGAGAUGCUGGGUUCGGUGCUGCAGCAGUACAGAGAAGGCCACACCUCUCUCAUCCACUGGAUAGAGGAGACCACCGAAAAACAGGAGAACACACAACCCGAGCAGACGGACAGCAGAGCUUUGUCAGAGCAGCUCGCACAGCAAACGGCCUUGGUGGCUGAGAUAGAACAGAACCAGGUCAAACUGGAUGAAUGCCAGACGUACUCUAAACAGUACUGCGCUGCUGUUAAGGACUAUGAACUCCAACUUAUGACGUUCAGAGCUUUUGUUGAAUCAACCCAAAAGUCUCCUGUGAAAAGGAGGAGGAUGCACUCUUCAUCAGAUGUCAUCACACAGGAGUUUAUGGAUUUACGCACGCGAUACACAGCUCUGGUUACACUGACAACACAACAUGUCAAGUAUAUUAGUGAUGCACUACGGCGACUAGAGGAGGAAGAGAAAGAGGUGGAAGAGGAGAGGCAGGCACGAGUAGGCCAGGUCUCAGAGCUGCUCGGCUGGGUCAAGGGCCUACAGGAGCGUGCUGGCAGAUCUGCCGAGCCAUCACUUGCUGCACAGCAGGCUAUUAGUGAGCAGUUAGCAGCUAAAAAAGAGGAAGUUGCUGAAGCUAUCAGGAGCACCCAAGUCUUCCUGAUGUCAAAACAGGCCAGCAAGCUGUCUCCUGAAGAGCACGCACAGGUGGUCUCCCAGCUGGAUGAGCUGACGGCCACCUACACUCAACUGUGUGACAGUUCUGCCACACACUUGCAACAACUGGAGGAGCAGCUGGCCAAAGAGGAGAAGCGCAAGGGCCAAGAAAUCAUCGCUGGAGUAAUUGACCUUGGCACCAUGGAAACCUUUCCAGUUUUCCAGGCAGCACAGCGUGGCCUCAUAGACCAAGACACCUGUCAUGUACUGUUGGAGGCACAGGUCGUCAUGGGUGGUCUAUUCCAGCCGGACUCCCCUGAUAAACUGUCAUUAGAUAAGAGUCUUUCCAGUGGUUUGAUUGAUAAACAUACCUACCAAUCACUGGAAGAGUUAGAGACUGCCCUUGGUCUUGUCAACACAGUAAAAUUUGCAGAGGGUCAGGAAUUACCUGUAGCCACUGCUGUGAAAGAAGGCAUCAUAAAGGAGCUGGUGGGGCUCCGUAUACUUGAGCUGCAGAUAAGCACUGGCAGCCUGAAGUCUGGUUCCAGUGGAGAAAUGGUCAGCCUGGAUCAUGCAAGGGAGAAGGGAUUGUUAUCCCCUGAUCUUUGUCAAAAGCUGCAAUCCUGUCUUCACCGGCGAGAACUUAUUGAUCCAAAUACAGCAGAAAAACUAAGUCUGGUUGACUUUCAACAGCGAUGUGUUCUCAAACAGGAGAAGGGCCUGCGCUUAUUUCCAGUUAAACAGAAGCCAGGAGGAACGGUCUGCUUAUGCUCUGGCAGAAAGGUGGGAAUAUUCUGUGCUGUUCAAGAGGGGCUUAUCGACCGGCAUGUCACAGUUCGACUUCUGGAGGCUCAGUUGUUUGCUGGGGGUAUCACAGACCCCCGCUCGGGACACAGAUUGACUGUUAAUGAGGCUGUCCGGCAUGGCCUGAUGGAUCAGGACUUGGCCUGCACCCUCAUGACACGACAGCUACAAACAGGAGGAAUAAUAGAUCCAGUCAGUGGGGAGCGUCUAGAGUUGGAUGAGGCCAUAAAACGAGACCUUCUCUCUCCUCGCAUAGCCUUGCGUGUACUGGAAUCUCUCCAGUCCUUUAUGGCAAUAAUGUGGCCAGAAUCAGGCGAGCUGAUUCCUGUAAGUGAGGCGCUUCAGCAGGGUGUUGUCAAUAGAGAGCUUGCUGCAAAAGCCUUGAGAAAACAUCAUUCUGUUGGUGCAGUAUGUCUGCCUGAGAGUGGACAGGUGGUCCCUCUCCAUCAAGCUGAGAAGAUACUUAAGCCACAGGCAGUGGAGAUCCUAAAACACAUCCAGGUUCCAGAUGUCCUUCCCCAUGUGUCUCCGUCAAGUUCCUCAUAUAUGAAGCGAUUGAGUUCUGGAUCUGCCUAUUCUUCAUCACCCCCUGCCUCACAUGCAGAUAUCAAUUAUGACUUUUCCAUCACGGAGGAAGGCAGGUCAGAAGAGCAGAUUCAAAACCACCUUCUCAGUCAAGUGAUGACACACAGCUACAUUAAUGCUCACUCAGGAGAACGCCUAGUCUUACUAGAACCAGAAUUGGUAGAACUAAUAUGUAGAAAUGUCAAAACCGCAAACCUUGCCAGACCAGUCCAACUCAAAAUUUCUGACAACGUUAGAGUUAUGCUGGACAGCAAAGAUAUGAGUGGGAUUGAAGAGGAAAAAAAUGAAGAACUCAAAAUUUCACAACAUGAAAUUGCCUGCAGGGAUUCUUAUAUGGAAGAGACUGUAGAAAUGGCAGGGGAAGAUCUUGCACUCUUGAUGGUCACCAACAGAACCUUUAAAGAGCCUUUGCAUAAAGUAGUUUUGCAAGAGAAAGUUCUAUCAUCAGAAGAGUAUGAACAACCCAAGAUAAAAGGUAAAAUUGCCUGCAAGAUAACUGAUAUAGGAGAGGCAGUAGAAAGAACAGAAGAUCUAGCACCAUUGACAGAAACAGACAUCACAGAGCUUUCAAAUGAAGAGAUUCAACAAGAAAAGGUUUUGUCAUCAAGAGACUAUGUAGAACCCAAGAUUAAAAGAGAUUACACUGACAGCAGAAAUACUGACAUGGGUAGGACUAUAGAAGGAGCGGGGGAAGAACUUGCAUGCUUGACAGACACUGACCGAACUUCUAUAGAGCCUUCGCAUGCAGAGGUUUGGCAAGAGAAAGUUCUAUCAUCAAGAGAAUGUGAAGAACCCAAGAUUAAAAAAGAUGAAAUUGAGAGAAAUAACACUAAUGUGGGUGAAAGUAUCGAACUGGCAGAGAAAGAUGUUCCACACUUGGCGAGUAAAGACAGACCCUUUAUAGUGCCUUCACAUAAAGAGAACUUGCAGGAGAAAGUUCUGUCACCAGGAAGACAUGAAAAACCCACGUUUUUAAAAGGUAAAAUUGCCUGGACAAACACUGAUAUAGGUGAGACAGUUGAAAGAGCAGAGGAAGAUUUUGCACCCUUGACAGGCACAGCUAGAGAUGUUAUAGUGCCUUUACAUAAAGAGAACUUACAAGAGAAAGUUUUAUCAUCAGGACAAUAUAAAGAACCCAAGAUUAAAAAAGUUGAAACCUCCAGCAAGGAGACUAACAUAGGUGAGACAAAAGAAAGACCAGGGGAGCAUGUUGCAGCUUUAACAGGCUCAGAAAUAACCUUUAUAGAGCCUACACGUGAAGUUGUUUGGCAAGAGAAUGUUCUGUCAUCAGGAGAAUAUGAAGAACCCAUUAUUAUAAAAGGUAAAAUUGCCUACAAUAUCACUGGUAUGGGUGAGAUGAUAGAAAGAGCAGAGGAAGAUGUUGCACCCUUGACAGAUGCAGGCAAAGCUUUUAUGGAGCCAUUAAAUAAAGUCAAUUUACAAGAGAAAGUUCUUUCAUCAGGACAACCCAAGAUUAAAAAAGAUGAAACGGUGAGCAAGAAGACUAACAUAGGUGAGACAAUAGAAAGACCAGAGGAAGAUGUUGCAGCUUUAACAGGCUCAGAAAUAACCUUUAUAGAGCCUACACAUGAAGUUGUUUGGCAAGAGAAAGUUCUGUCAUCAGGAAAAUAUGAAGAACCUAUGAUUAUGAAAGGUAAAAUUGCCUGGAAGAACACUGGUAUGGGUGCGAUGAUAGCAAGAGCAGAGGGAGAUCUUGCACCCUUAACAGGCACAGAAGGAACUUUUAUGGAGCCUUCACAUACAGUUUGUCAAGAGAAAGUUCUGUCAUCAGGAGAAUGUGAUGAAUAUACAAUUUUAAAAGGUAAAAUUGCCUGGAAGAAUGCUGAUGUGAGAGAGAAAAUAGAUAGAGAGGAAGAAGAUCUUGCACCCUUGACAGGCAAAGAAGGAACUUUUAUGGAGCCUUCACGUGAGGUUUGGCAAGAUAAAAUUUUGUCAGGAGAAUGUGAUGAAUCUGAGAUUAAAAAAGAUGAAAUUGACAGGAAGGAAACUGAAAUGGGUGAGACUAAAGUAAGAGCAGAGGAAGAUCUUCCACUCUUGACAGUCUCAGAAAGAACCUUUAUGGAACCUUCACAAGAAGAGUACUGGCAAAAGAAUGUUCUGUCAUCGGGACAAUAUGAAGAACCCAAGAUAAGUAAAAUUGCCAGCAAGAAGACUGAUAUGGGUGAAACUAUAGAAAGGACAGAGGAGUAUCUUGCACCCUCAACAAGGAAAGGCCUAAACUUAACAGUGCCUUUUCAAACAAGCUCAACCCUACCAAAGACUAUAUCAGAUAACGGGACACCCGCUCAGAAUCAAAUUAUAGAUUCAACACUAAAUGAAUCUAAAAAUAAGCAAACACUUGACCUGGAACAGGCAGAUAAUAGUGGGGUAUUUCUAAAGAUAACAGAACAAAAAAUGUUUGACAUGGGUGAAAGCAGUGCACUUACUUCACAUCAAGAUACUGUAAAUGUAGGACAAUAUGAUCAGCUAAAUAUCAAUCCAGAUGAAGCCAAGACAGCAAAGCAGUCAGAUGAACUGAAGAAAAUCGUUGAACACAAGGAAAAUAAAAGGAUAUUUGAACAACCUGGUAAAGAUAAGAAAUUAUACCCUUCAGAAAUUAAGACUUUGUCAGUGGAACUAAGUGAUGAUGAUGUGAAGCUUGAGAGUAUGGCUUUGGAACUGCAACAAAGGGGUCUUGUAACUGUAGGUGGCCAAAAAGUUAUUCUGGAUGAAGCUGUGGCACAGGGUUUGCUUCCAGGGCACACUGCUAUGAAGCUUAUGGAAAAAGCUGGUCUCUUUAGUGGUUUUCUGGAUAUUAAUGCCUGUAAGUCACUUAGUGUUGAGGAUGUGAUGCAAGAAGGCCUGUUGGAUGAGGACUUGAUGGCCUGUGUGCUUCAUUCAGAAAAGAUUUUAGUCGGUGUGAUUGAUGUGGAGCAUGGUCGGCACUGCUCAAUAAAGGAUGCUGCUGAGGCAGGCCUGUUGGACUCCGAUACGGCUGCUCGUCUCCUUGAAGCCCAGGUUGUGUCAGGGGGAAUAGUUGACCUACGAAGAGACAAGAAGUUAUCAGUUACCCUUGCAGCCAACCUUGGGCUGAUUGAAGAUGGUAGAAAGGAGAAGCUUCUUGCACUGGAAAAGUCAUGCCGGGGAAAAUGUUCAGAUCCAAAUGCAGUGCAAACCAAGUUGGCGCUACAGUUACAAAUGAAAGGAGUGGUGGACCCAAAAACCAAAAGGGCUGUCCCACUGGAACAAGCCCUUCAAACUGGGUUAAUUGGACAGGAUGAGGCUCAGACGAUUUUAUGCCAGCAGGUUGCAGAAGGUGGCAUUGUGCAUCCUGGCUGUGGUGUUCGCCUUGCUGUUGUGGAUGCUCUACAACUGGGUCUCAUAGAUCACACAGUUGCUCCAAAGUUGAUGGAACUUGAAAAGGCAUUCAAAGGCCAAGAACCAAGUAGUUUGGAUCAAAACACUUCACAUCUUCAGGCCUCUACAGGUUCUAUUUAUGAUGAUGCAUCAAAAAGCAGGAUUACUCUGAGUGAGGCUGUUUCUAAAGGCCUCCUAGGUGAAGAAACAGCAAAUAAAGCUAUGGACUCAUCCAACGUGAAAAGUGGAUUGUUGGAUCCUCAUAAAGCUUGUAUUGUGUCCUACUCUGAGCUGAUAAACCAGGGUAAAAUUGACAUUGAGACACGACAGAGAUUCCUUGAAGUGAGACCUUUCAGGGGAGUUCCUCAUAAACAAACUGAUGAAAUGAUGGCCUUACCACAGGCAAUUAAGGCAGGCCAAAUAGAUCCCAUACCAGCAGUGAGAAUAUUGCAGAGUCAAGCAGAUACAGGGGGUAUCAUUAACAUUUACAGUGGAGAGCGUUUGCCUCUUCUGGAGGCUAUAAAUAAAUGCUUAGUUGAUAAAGACAUGGCUAAAUGUAUUGCUACAAAUCAACUCUUGAAAGGGGGGUUGCUCAAUCCAGCCAGUGGACAGAAGGUCUCCAGCAUUACUGAGGCGAUUGAAUAUGGGCUUAUUUCUACUGAAAUGGCUGCAGAACUUCAACACAGCAUGGGCCUUGUAGAUGAAGAUGAGAAGAAAAGUUCUAAAAUAUCAGCCUCCUCAACGAAAGGAACUUCUAGUUCUUUUGUUCCUGAGAUGAUAUCUGACCAUGUCAGUCCUAAUAAAAUGUCACUUGAGAAAGGUCUAUUGAGUAUACCAUCACAUCUUACAGAGACUGAAAUAAAAGAUGCAGAUCUUUGGAAAAAAGAGGAGCUUGAAUCUUUUGACAUCAGUCCUGAUUUAGAAAGUAAGGAACAAUUGGUUGAUGCCGUGAUGCAGGACAGCAAUAAUACAUCAUUGGAGGUUCUGACAGAAUUUACUUUGAAAGCAGAAAAAAGACUUCAGCAGGCCAUUAAAGAGAUAAAGCCCACAGAAAGCGAACAUAUCAAAUCACAGCCAAUCCAAAGCCCUGAGCAACCUGAAGAGAUGUCUGAUUUCAAAUGGCAAAAAGUGGAAGUUAAGAACUCAACAGCUUUACUUGACCACACCACAGAGAUGGAAAUCCAGAGUCAGACAGUCAGUGUAUCUGCAGUUACUACUGCCAUUUUAUCAGAAAGCAGUGAUAACCGCAAAGAACAAUUCCCAUCUACCGAGCAAACAAUAGGAGGGACAGAGAUCCAAAGGCAGACAGUAAGUGAACCGGCAAUCUCUGAAGUCAGUUUCUCAGAUGCCGAUGAUGGCUUGCAAAACAAGGAACAAACCCCAUCUAUAGAGCAAAUAGAGGGGCAUAGUUUCAAGUUAGAAGCAGAUCAGUCAGUGUCCAAACCAGAGAAAAUCAAGGACAGCCAAGAGACUGGAUUGGAUCCUUAUGCUUCUACAACCACAAGGCCAGUUAAGGUAUCAGGAAAGAAGAAAGGCAGAGGAAAAAAUGGCAAGCAAGCUAAAAUGGAAAGUGAUGUAAAGCUACAAGUUUCAGAAACCUCAGCCAGAAUUUCACCUAUAGAAAAAGCAGAGGUUGAUGGACAAGAUGGCUUUACCACUAAUCAAAAGCGUAUUAUGAAAGAUGACAAAGAAAAGGUGGUUGAAGUACAGCAAUCAGCGACAACCCAUGGAAGUGGUAGCACUGCACCUUUGACAGGGAGUGAUGAGACUGCGCAAGGCAAAGAUUUGGAAAUCGGGGUGGAUAGAACUGCUAAUGAAACUAAGACCCCCAAAUGUGAGUCUGAUCAUGAAACCGAUGAAAAACAAAAAGAGAAGACACAGAACAGUGUCACGACUUGCAUGGCAAAAACCGACCAGAGUCACGAAGCUGUUGUGGUCUCUAAGGACCUUGGCACAGAGGUAUCAGAAAAGAAGAGAAAGAAGAAAAGCAAAAGUAAAAAAGUUAAGCAAGUGUGUAUUGUUGAAACAGAAGGUGUAGAGAAAAGAGAUGAUGAGACUGAGAAAGAGCAAAAGACGGUGAUCCAUGAGGUCCAACCUCAAAGCAAUCAAUCAGAUGAGAAAGAAAGUAUGAAGCAACUUGAGAAAGCCAAUCAGGCAAUGGCACAGAAGGAAAUACUUUUGAUGAAAGCUAAGGAAAGCAUUCUUAGGAAGGUGUUUGAGCGAGGAGUGAGUGAAAAACAAGCUGCUGAAGAAUUAGAAGCGAUGCGUCAAGUAGCUAGUAAUGAAGAAUACCGCAUUACCACCCAAGAGGAAACUAUUGUAGAGAAGACAAGAACUAAGCCUCCUCAAAGUAAGAAGAAAGACGACAAACUACACCAGACGGGGCAAGAAAUGAAUGAAAGGGUUGAAAGAUCAGUGCCAAACAUUGCAGAGAAUCUUCUACCUGGGUCUGAUAUUGAUCCAUGCUCCUCAGCUAAAACACAGCUUCAAAAACCAGAAGAAGAUCAGCGUGACAAGCAUACAAACACGGGAUUAAGUGGAGAUGAUAUGAAUCAGAAUAUUCCAUCUAUGAAAACAUCUGAUGACAUUGUGGACAUAAACCAAAAAGAACUGGUUCUAAUCCAGAAUUUAGAAGGGGAAACCAAAGAAAGAACAGCAGAAGAACAAAGCAUUGAGCCGUUAUAUACAGAUGAAAAGUUGAUAGACCCUAUGAUUGAAGUGACCUUGCCAUCAAGCACUGCAGUGACUGACAGCCAUACAAUUGCUAAAUCCAUACCCCUCAAAUGUGUCUUCGACAUCCCAGUAAUGAAGGACGCCAAAGCACUUCUAUCAAGUGAAGUGUGUACUCCUUUACAUAAUACAAAAACAGCAGUGAAAGAGGCAAGCAGUGAAGUUCAUCAAGAAAUAAUCGAAGAGCCCCCUUUCAGUGAUUAUGAAGCCACAGAUGAACCUUCUAUCCAAAAAUGUAAAGUUUCUGGUCUACCCCUUAUGGAGGUGAUCUCAGAGUCUGAUACCAAACAGAAAGAAGAGGUGGAAGAAUAUGCAGUGGCUUUAAUGGAAAGGCAGUCUGGAGAAAUUCAAAUGAAUAUUGAACAAAUAAGCAAAGACACUACAAGAGCUAGCAAGUCCUCACUGGCUCGCCAAGAGUGCUUAGAACAUGACCAACAGAUUGUGGCCUUGCUUUCUAUGGUGGGACACAUUGAGGUCCGCCUAAAGCAGCAGCAGCAACAGUCCGUUGGUCGAAGUCUCUCCACACUUGAUGACAUAAUCAAACAGAUAGAGAUGCUUUUUUUGGAAAUUAGUGACCUGGAACCAGAAGUGCACAAGGAGACUGAAGCAGCCACACAGCUGCUGGAGUCUUACCCUCAGGAUGUUCCACCUCAGCUGCUUAUAGCCCUGGAAAAAGAUGGGCGAAGCUUAGCUCGGGCUUACAGUGCAGCAAUGGACCUUGCCCAGAAUACUUUGCAGGGGUUACGAGAACAACGUGAUGCACAAAACGAAGCUGUAAGCAGUCAGCUGAAAUCUUUACAAGAGCAAGCUGACAAACUUCUUAGCUGGCUUAAAGAUACUGAGACGCAAAUGCAGGAAGAAACAGAGGUAGAUGGACAAACGGUGGCCGAGAUCACUCGUAAGCAACAGUUGUGCGAGAUGUUGCAGAACUCCCUCGCUGCCCGAUCCAAUGAAGUCAGCAAUGUGGUGUUCAAUAUUCAAGUGUUUAUCUCCGAGCAUGCUCAGGACCUGUUGCCUGAUCAGAGCAGGCAUCUCCUUGGACAGCUGGAGCAGCUACAGAGGGUCUUUCACCAGGCUGUUGGUCUCAAUCAUGCCAGGGCAGAGGCACUAUCAGCCCAGCAGGCGAGAGAGAAUGAACGAAUGAGGAAAGAACAGAAAGAAAAAGAAGAGAAAAUGGAAAAAGAGAAACAAACUACAAGGGAUAGAGAGGUUGUGCAGCAGCAGAAGUCAGAAUGCUCUCAAAAACUGGAGAAUCUCACUAUGUGGUUGGCUGGUGCUGCCAGCCUCCUGGCCAGUCAGAGAGUUGGAACUGAGUCCGAUGAUGUGAACGAGUUACAGCAGAAGCAAAGAGAGCUGAAGGAGGUGGAGAAGGACCUUCAGACCAAAAGUGACUUGUUGACUGAGACUAUACGCUCAGUGGAGGAGUUCCUGUCCGAUCGGGGUGAUAGUUUGAGUCCUGAAGAGAUGGCCAAACUACAGGGGACUCUUUCACAAAUGAAAGAACAGCACAGCUCACUUACAAACUCAGUCCGCUCUUCACUAGCUAAAGUAGACACUGCCAUUGUCACAACAGUGCAGCAGAACACACAAAAAGCUAAAGCAGAAGAGCAGAUGCAGGAGACACAGGAAAAAAUAGACACACUUCUCAGAGAAUUGGCAUCACUGGAUGACUCAAAGAGGAGGUCACUUGGCAACACUGUCACUGACACACCAUCAUCUGGACCACCAGAGAAUGCUCUGAAUUCUCACAGUGACAUGCUUCAGACUGAGCUGCAACAGUUACAAGCUCAACAGGCUCACCUUCAGCAGGUGGCCCAGUCUGUCCGCUCUCUCCUGGAACAACCUGACUCCAGUGUGCCACCAGGGGAGAAACAACGCUUACGGGCAAAACUAGACCAACUACAGAGUCAGCAUCAGGAGCGCCUUCAGAACUGUCAGGACAGGCUCAGGCAGACAGAUGCCCUCAGAGAUGAGUUUGCCAAGUUUGUGCAGGAGCAUGGGAACCUGGGGACGUGGUUGGAUCAGAGUGAACAAGAACUACGUACACUCGGGGAAGGGGAAACUGAUGCAAAGGGUCUAAAAGACAGGAUAGAGGAGCACAAAAAGCUUGCAGAAGACGUCAUCUGUCACAAAGCUGAUCUACGCUUUGUGACAAUCUCUGGUCAGAAGGUUCUGGAUUCUGUCCAGGGGGCCUUGGAGAAGGUGGGCAGUACGGAUCCAGCUCUGGAGGAAACCAGACACCUAGUGAGUGUCAAGCUCCAAGAUGCCACACAGCGCUACAGUUCAUUACACAGCAAGUCCUCAGAACUUGGCACCCGUCUCUCAGGUCUCCUGGAGCGAUUCCAACACUACCAAGAUGAGGCUGGUUCUUUAGGCUCCUGGUUGAGCACUCAGGAGCAAAAUCAGAGUGUAUUUAAACCCAGCCGAGAGCAAACGGACACUCAGACAUUGCAGCAUACUCUCAGUACUGUACAGCUGUUGCAGGAUGAGUUGGCAGAGCAUUCGGUACAGCUUGAGAAAGUCAAGAGGGCAGGUAAAGAGCUGGUCAGCACUCAGGAGUCCCCAACUCUCAAAAAUGCAGAUAUUAACAAUCUUACAGAUGCUCUGGAGAAGCGCUUUGAAACCCUGUCUAAUUCAGUGUCAGUGAGAGCUGAACAGCUUCAAACCGCUGUUGCCCAAUCAGUCAGCAUUCAGGAGGGACUUAAAGCACUGCUGGCAUGGUUAGAUGGACUUCCUUUAUCACCUGGCACAGUCCAGCCCACUGCUCAAGCAGUUCAGGAUGCCCUGACACAAAAUCAGAAAAUACGUCAGGAACUGCUUUCAAGGCAGGGCAGUGUGGAUGCAACCCUGGACUCUGUGUCCAAGCUUCUGAAGUCUGCAGAUGCAUCGACAGCGUCUGGCCUGCAGGGGGCACUACAGGACUUGAGUCAGCGCUACACAGCGGCCCAGGCGAAACAGACUGAAAGAGAGACUGAGUUGCGGGGACUUUUGCCCAAGUUGGAGAGCUUUGAGCGCCAGAGUGCAGACCUCCGCAGCUUUACGCAGAGUCGAGAAAGGGCUCUCAGCCCAGUAGGCCAACCUGACUGCAGCGUGGAUGACUACAAACAGACCAUAGAGGAGGUGAGAUCAGAAAUUACCCAAGAGUCAAGUCAAUUAAAGUCAUUUGUUGAGCUUGGUUCAGACCUAAGCAAGUCUGGGAUCCUUGCCAAUGCACAAAGCCUUCGGGACACAACCAAAGAGGUUUCUGAGGACUUUGCACGCUUGGAAUCCAAUGUCAAUGAGAGAUUUGAUUCUAUCCAGAGCUGCGUCCAGCAACUGGCAGAGUUCCGCUCUCGCUCUGGCUCCCUCCUCAGGUGGCUGCAGACAGUACAAGAACAACUUCCUGCCAAAGAGCCCAACCUAAGCACAGAAAGCCUGCAGAGAAGAGCACAGCAGCUUAAAGAUCUACUCACAGAAUGGGAGACCCAAGGAAGCCACGUUCAGGAGUUGAACAAGACCAGUUCACAACUGGAGAACUUGAUUAUUAACAUCACAUCUCCCAAGAACAAGACUGGUGUUUCCCAGCUCAAUGGUGCUUCCAGCCCCAACAGUGUUAAUGGCAUUCACACCUGUAAAGACUUGACUGAGAUCCAGGUGGCAGUGGCAGAUGUGAACUGCAAGUAUGAGCAGCUGGGCAGUGACAUGAGGGAAAGGAAGGGUAGGCAAGAGGCCUCUCUUGACCUGCGGCAGAAGGCCAGGCAGGGCUCUGAGGUACUCAUCCAGUGGCUGGGGCCCCGUGAAGAGAGCCUGGCACAAGGGCAGACCGCCUCACCUUCUCGGCCAGAGGCGGUGCGUGCUCAAGCCCAAGAAACCAAGGUUUUACUUACUGAGCUUGCCGACCAUUCUGGGAAAGUGGAGGAUCUAAAAAACAUUCUCAAUCAGCUAAUAACAGAUCAUCCUGAUUCUCCUGAAGCUGAGACUUGGAAACGUCAGCUUGAAGACAUAGACUCACGGUGGACGAAAGCCAAUCAGACUGCAGCACAGAGGCAGACUGAAUUGGAAGCGUGUGCUGAUAGGCUGGGUAGUUUUGCUGCAGCAGCCAGUCAGCUAGGACCAUGGCUACGAGAGAAAGAGCUGAUGAUGAGCGUAUUAGGCCCACUGAGUAUCGACCCCAACAUGCUCAACACACAGAAACAGCAAGUGCAGUUCAUGCUACGUGAGUUUGAGACACGGCAACCCCAGUUUGACCAGCUGUCUCGAGCGGCAGAGGGAAUCCUCUCCCCGUCUGGAGAUGAGGGUUCUAGAGAUGGACAGGACCUAGAGGAGGUGAGGCAGGAGCUGGCAGACGUUUCACAGCAGUGGGAAGACCUCACCUCUCGUCUCACCGGCCGCUCGCAGCAGAUCGACCAGGCGCAGGGAACCAGUGAGCGCUACCUGGCCCUGCUCAGAGAGCUGUCUCAGAGUGUGGUCGAUCUAAGCGAGAGGCUGGAUGCGCAGGCCUCUCUAAGCGCUCAGCCUGAAGCCCUGCGCUGUAGGCUUCAGGAAACUGGGGAGAUCCGUGCUGAGCUGGAACAGAGACGAGGUCAACUGGCCCAGGCUGAGCAGCUGUGUGCGGAGCUCAGCACAAUUGUGGCCGAACCGUAUCUCAGAGAUGAGUUACACAAGAGACUGGAGAGUGUGAGCAGCCCCCUCAAAAACCUAGAAGAACGGGCUGCUGAUGGCUUGUCCCAGCUGCAGGCCGCCCUGUCCAGCACUCAACAGUUCCAGCAGAUGUUUGACGAGCUUCGUGGCUGGUUGGAUGGGCAGGCUGGGAAUUACACAGCUGGGGUUUCUGAAGCCCUUCCUUGCCAACCUGAUGCUCUAAAGACCCUUCUGGCCCAACAAGAGGAUCUCCAGCGAGCCAUAGCACAACAACGUGGGUCCUAUGAGCUCAUCCAGGCCGAGGGGGCAUCUCUACUGGCAUCCCUCCCCACUGGAGAUGAGCGAUUAGCCCUACAGACUCGACUAAACAUCUUACGGCAAGACUGGGAGGGCAUGAACCGACAAACCUCUAAUAAACACAGUCGAAUAAAAGAGAUGCUGUCCUGUGCUGAGCUGUACCAACAACAUCACAAUGAGCUUGUACCUUGGGUUGCAGAAUGUGAGGAAAGGGAGGCGGAGAUCCACCCAUCACUGGAUCCCGCCACCUUAGACGAGGCUUUGCAAAAGGCUAGACAGUUAAGUGUGGACUUGGAUCGUCGUCGCCCUCUCUUAGAUUCUCUGAACACGGCAGCAGAUCAGCUGCUGGAACAGAGCUGCGCUGGUGAAGAGGAAGUGAGGGAUGAAAAAGCCCAGCUUAAUCGCAGGAUAGACGGUCUCUCUGAGCGACUACAGGGCCGCACGGCUCAGCUAGAAGAGUUGGGAAGCAGACUGAAGGAGUUUGAAGAUGGGAGACUGGCUGUGGAGAGAAGACUCGAGGCAGCCAAGCAUCAGAUCGAGGUUCAGGAGGCGCUUGGGCCGCAAGCUUGUAGCAACAAAAGCCUGGAGCGUCUGCGCAGCCAACAGGAACUGUUAAACUCUGUACAGCCACAGGUGGUGUACCUACGAAAUCUGGCUCAGGGGCUGCUCCAGGAUGCGCCCGAGAUCUCCAGGGCCGGCGAAGAUAGCGGCCAGAGGCUGCUGCAGCAAGCUCGUGAUACAGAAAAAGAGUUUGAAGAAGUUACUGAGAAGACUGAGCAAUGCUGCUCAUCCUUGGAGUCCCGGUUGCAAGGUGUGGGAGAGGUCCAGUCACAUGUUCGAGAUGUUUUCUCCCGCCUGGCUGAUUUGGACGAUGAGUUGGACAGCCUUAGCCCUGUGGGGCGGGAUGCUGACUCCUUGGCCUCACAGGCUGAUGCUGUCAGGGGCUUCCUGAGUCGACUCGAUGCCCUCCGUGUCGAGCUGGAGAGUCAUGGUGGAGAAUGCACGACUAUGCUCCGUAGAGAGGGGAGCUCACCUGAUCUUCUGGCCCUCAGGAGAGAGACAGAAGCCCUGAGCAGACAGGCAGGCAAGCUAGCAGAGCGGGGCCAGAACCGUCUGGCACUCAUAGAAGCAGCAGAAGAGCGUGUGAAGGAGUUCUACGGCCGUCUAGCUGACCUACAAGGGUUGUUGGGACGAGCAGAGGAGGUGCUGAACACACAGGCUGUCGUGGGGACAGAAGUGGAGGUCAUCAAACAGCAGCUUCAGGAAUUCAAGGCGAUAGAAAGGGAGCAGAUAGACAGCAUUCAGCCCAAACUACAACAUGUCAACGCUGUGGGUCAAGGUCUUAUCCAGAGUGCUGCCAAACACACUGACACUCAGGCCCUGGAACAUGACUUGGAGACCACCAACCUGUGCUGGAACUCCCUCAACAAGAGGGUUGCUGAAAGAAUCGCACAGCUGCAGGAGGCCCUGUUGCAUUGUGGGAAGUUCCAAGAUGCUCUGGAGCCACUCUUGAGCUGGCUGAGUGACACAGAGGAGCUUAUAGCCAAUCAGAAACCUCCGUCUGCUGAGUACCGUGUGGUCAAGGCACAAAUUCAGGAGCAGAAGCUGCUGCAACGGUUGCUGGAUGACCGCCGUGGGACGGUAGAGAUGAUCAGGGCAGAAGGAGAGCGUAUCGCUGCUACGGCUGAGACACAAGAUAGAGACAAAAUCCAGAAACAUCUUAAGAGCCUAGGAGAGAGAUGGACAAAUCUGCUGGAAAAGGCCAGCGCCAGGCAGCAGCAGCUAGAGGAGCUGCAGGUGUUGGCGCUGCAGUUCCACGAGGCAGUGGAGCCACUCGGUGAGUGGUUGAGUGCAACAGAGAGACGCCUGAGCUCCUCUGAGCCAAUGGGAACCCAGACCUCCAAAAUCACACAGCAGAUUGUAAGGCACAAGGCUCUCCAGGAGGAGGUAUCCUCUCGGGAGAAUGAUGUAAACCAUCUUGAGACUCUCAGUCAAUCACUGCACCCGCUCAGCUGUGCGGCUGAUCGUGAUUGGCUGGGCGAACGUGUGGCGUCAGUGCGCAACGGGCACACGGAGCUGCACGAUUGGUGCAGUCGGAGAGAGGUCAUGCUGGAGCAGGCCCUGGCCAAUGCACAGCUAUUUGGAGAGGAAGAGGUGGAAGUCCUUAACUGGCUAGCUGAGGUGGCCCAGAGACUGGCCGAGGUCUCAGUGCAGAGUUAUCAGCCGGAGCUACUAGAGCAGCAACACAAACACACACUGGCUCUUAAUGAAGAGAUUAUCAGCAGGAAGAAGACAGUGGACCAGGCCAUUAAGAAUGGACAGGCUCUGCUUAAACAAACCACUGGUGAGGAGGUCCUGUUGAUUCAGGAGAAGCUAGAUGGCAUCAAAAGCCGCUACGCAGAGAUGACAGCGGGCAGCAGCAAAGCCCUCCGUACUUUGGAACAGGCCCUUCAGUUGGCCACGCGAUUUGCAAGCUCACACGAUGACAUCAGCCAAUGGUUGGAUAGCGUGGAGGCGGAGCUUAACAACAUUGAGCCAGACACAACACCAGCCUAUCAGGACAGACAGAGGGAGCUGAAGUGCGUGUCUGCUGAGAAGAGGUUAGUUCUGGACACAGUGAAUGAGGUGGGCAGUGCUUUACUGGAUCUGGUACCCUGGCGUGCACGAGAAGGCCUGGACCGCCUGGUCGCCGAUGCCAAUCAGCGUUACCGCCAAGCCCAAGAGACCAUCACACAGAGAGUGCAGUUAGUGCAGGCUGCCAUCCAAAGGUCACAGCAGUAUGAGGAGGCAGUCGAUGCAGAGCUGACCUGGGUCGGAGAGACCGAGAGGAAGUUGGCAUCUCUGGGGCCUCUGAGUCUGGAGCCUGAUGUGACUGUGGCUCAGCUCCAGGUGCAGAGAGCCUUUAACAUCGACAUCAUCCGUCACAAAGAUACCGUGGACCAACUCCUUAAGACACGAGAGGACAUCCUGGAGAGCUGCAGCGAACAACAGAGAGAGGCUUUGAAGGUGAAGACGGACUCUUUAAGUGCUUGUUAUGAAGCAGUAAAUCAGAGUCAUGCUGAGCGCUUCUCAGCUCUAGAGCAGGCUCAGAUGCUAGUAGCGCGGUUCUGGGAGACGUAUGAGGAACUUGAACCCUGGCUGGGCGAGACAGAGACUCUGAUUACCCAGUUACCCCCUCCUGCCAUCGACACAGAAGCACUCAGACAACAGCAAGACCAGAUGAGGCUUCUGAGAGAAUCCAUCGCUGAGCAUAAGCCUCACAUAGAUAAACUGCUAAAGAUCGGCCCACAGCUGGCAGAACUGAGCGCCCAGGAAGGGGCGACAGUAAGACAACGUUAUAAUGAAGCAGAGAGACGUUACCUCAGCAUCAAAGAGGAGGUUAAAGGUCGAGCCACAGCACUGGAUGAAGCAGUGUCACAGUCUGUCCAGUUCCAUGAUAAGAUGGACCCUCUGUUGGAGACUUUGGAAGGUGCGGUCCAACGCUUGCGGCAGCCUCCUCCAGUGGCGGCUGAGGUGGAGAAGAUCCGGGAGCAACUUGCAGAGCACAGGGCAACAGGACUAGAACUGGACAAACUCCUUCCAUCUUUCAGUGCCCUGUGUGCCCGAGGAGAAGAGCUCAUCGGUCGCGCCCCACAUGACGAUCCUGCCGCCCAGGCGGUGCAUUCACGACUCUUGCGGCUGCGCUCUCUGUGGGAUGAGAUCAGGCAGAGGGCAGAGGAGAGAGAAGGAAAGCUUCAGGAUGUUCUAGAUCUCGCCGGAAAAUUCUGGGCUGACAUGGCCGCUCUGCUGAGCACACUCCGUGACUCUCAGGACAUUGUGAAAGAUCUGGAGGACCCAGGGGUGGAUCCUUCACUUAUAAAACAACAAAUAGAGGCAGCAGAGGCCAUUAAGGCAGAGACAGAUGGGCUGAGGGAAGAACUGGAGAUCGUACAAACACUUGGAGCUGACCUCAUCUUUGCCUGUGGAGAGACUGAGAAACCAGAGGUCAAGAAGACCAUCGAUGAGAUGAAUGCAGCCUGGGAAGGCUUGAACCGCACGUGGAAAGAGAGAAUGGAGAGACUGGAAGAGGCCAUGACUGCCUCUGUGCAGUACCAGGAUGCUCUUCAGGGCAUGUUUGACUACUUGGACAACGCUGUGAUCAAAUUGUGUGACAUGCCAGCUGUAGGGACAGACCUCAGCACUGUUAAACAACAGAUCGAGGAGCUCAAGCAAUAUAAAGUGGAAGUUUACCAGCAGCAGAUUGACAUGGAGAAGCUUUGCCACCAAGGAGAGCUGCUGCUCAGAAAAGUGAGCGACCAAACAGACCGAGACAUGAUUCAGGAGCCUCUCACUGAGCAACGCCACCUAUGGGACAACCUGGUGGACAAAAUCACAAUCAGACAGCACAAACUGGAGGGUGCGCUGUUGGCUCUAGGUCAGUUCCAGCAUGCUCUCUCUGAGCUGCAGUCUUGGCUCAGUCACACUCACGCCACACUGGACACCCAGCGACCCAUCAGCUCUGACCCCAAGGCCAUCGAAAUUGAGCUGGCUAAGCAUCAUGUUUUAAGAAAUGACGUGCUGUCCCAUCGGACUACAGUGGAGACGGUGAACAGCGCAGGCUCUGAGCUGCUGGAGUCCAGUCCUGGAGACGAAAUCAACCACCUGAGAGACCAGCUGGAUGAGCUCAACCGCAGCUGGAAGAACCUUCUGCUGAAGACUGAUGAGAGGCAGAAGCUUUUGGAAGCUGCCCUGCAACAGGCGGAGGGUUUCCAUGGAGAGUUGGAGGAGUUUCUGCAGUGGCUCAGACGCACAGAGAGUCAGCUGUCCGCUGCCAAACCCACAGGUGGCCUGCCUGAGACCGCCAGAGAGCAGCUGCAGCAACACAUGGAGCUCCAGGGUCAAUUGACCCAGAGGAGUGAGCAGUACCAUCGGCUACUAGAUAAGGGAGAGUCCAUUCUGCUGGCCAGAGGAGGGGAGGAUGCUGGACCUGGUACCACCCAGACCCAACAGAACCUGGCUAUGCUACAGAACAAGUGGGCCAGUCUCAAUGCGAAACUGGAUGACAGAAGGGGUAAACUGGAGGAAGCUGUCUCAUUGGCGACAGGAUUCCAGACCUCCCUGCAGGACACCAUAAACUGGCUGACACAGGCAGAGCAGACUCUCAACAUGGUUCAGCCACCCAGCCUCAUUCUCGACACCGUCCUAUUCCAGAUAGAUGAGCACAAGGUGUUUGUGAAUGAGGUGAACACUCACAGAGAGCAGGUUCUGGCUCUGGAGAAAGCUGGCUCUCAGCUGCGGUUUGCCAGUCUCAAACAGGAUGUGGUUCUUAUCAAGAACCUGCUGCUCAGUGUACAGGCCCGCUGGGACAAACUGGUGCAGAGAUCACUAGACCGAGGACGCCACCUGGAUGAGGCCCGCAAGAGAGCCAAACAGUUUCAUGAGGCCUGGAGGAAACUGACAGACUGGUUGGAGGAAGCAGAGAGCAGGCUGGACUCUGAGCUGGAAAUCUCUAAUGAGCCUGACAAGAUUAAAGUCCAGCUGGCCAAACAUAAGGAGUUCCAGAAGUCUCUUGGCUCCAAGCAGCCGGUGUAUGACACGACGGUGCGCUCUGGGAAGGCCAUGAGAGACAAGGCCACACUGUCCGCGGAUACACAAAAACUGGACAACUUGUUGGGCGAGGUCCGUGACAAAUGGGACACAGUUUGUGGAAAGAGCGUGGAGAGGCAACACAAGUUGGAGGAAGCCCUCUUGUUCUCAGGUCAGUUUGCUGAGGCUCUCCAGGCACUUGUUGACUGGCUGUAUCGUGUGGAACCUCAGCUUGCAGAGGACCAGCCUGUCCAUGGAGAUCUGGAUCUUGUUUCCAACCUAAUGGAUUCCCAUAAGGUCUUCCAGAAAGAGCUGGGAAAAAGGACCAGCAGUGUGCAGGCUCUGAAGCGGUCUGCCCGAGAGUUGAUGGAGACAGGCCGGGAUGACACCGCCUGGGUCAAAGUUCAACUGCAGGAGCUUAGCAACCGCUGGGAAACAGUCUGUGCCCUGUCCGUUUCCAAACAGACCCGGCUCCAACAGGCUCUCAAACAGGCAGAAGAGUUCCGCACAGCUGUUCAAAUGUUGCUAGAGUGGCUUUCGGAGGCGGAGCAAACAUUGCGUUUCCGGGGCGUCCUGCCAGAGCAGGUAGAGACUCUGCAGGCACUACUGCACACGCACCGGGAUUUCAUGCAGACGGUGGAGGAGAAGAGAGUGGAUGUGAAUAAGGCUGCUGGCAUGGGUGAAGCCAUCCUAGCUGUGUGCCACCCAGACUGCAUCACAACCAUCAAACACUGGAUCACCAUCAUUAGAGCUCGCUUUGAGGAGGUGCUGACGUGGGCCAAACAGCACGAGCAGCGCUUGGAGAUGGCUCUGACUGAAUUGCUCACCAAUGCUGCACUACUGGAGGAGCUGCUGUCAUGGCUACAGUGGGCAGAGACCACACUGGUGCAGCGUGAUACUGAACCACUCCCCCAGGACAUUACUCAAGUGAAGACACUAAUCACAGAGCAUCAGAUGUUUAUGGAGGAAAUGACCCGAAAACAACCUGAUGUUGACAAAGUGACAAAGACAUACAAGAGGAAACCAGCAGAACAUCCCAGCAGCCUUUCAGACAGGAGAGGGGCCCGAAAACACCAGCAGCAGCAGCAACAGCAGCACUCAGUACAGGUAACCAGUGGUAACCCUCGCCUCACUCAGCUCUGCUCCCGCUGGCAACAAGUGUGGCUGCUCGCCCUCGAUCGCCAGCGCAAGCUGAAUGAUGCACUCGACAGACUAGAGGAGCUUAAAGAAUUUGCCAACUUUGACUUUGAUGUGUGGAGGAAGAAAUACAUGCGCUGGAUGAACCACAAAAAGUCUCGAGUCAUGGACUUCUUCCGACGCAUCGACAAGGACCAGGAUGGAAAGAUCACCCGCCAGGAGUUUAUCGAUGGCAUCUUGGCAUCAAAGUUCCCUACCAGCAAGCUGGAGAUGACAGCUGUUGCUGAUAUCUUUGACCGUGAUUGUGAUGGCUACAUCGACUAUUAUGAAUUUGUGGCUGCUUUGCACCCCAACAAAGAUGCUUACAGACCCACAACAGAUGCUGAUAAGAUCGAGGAUGAGGUCACCAGACAAGUGGCCCAGUGCAAGUGUGCCAAGAGGUUUCAGGUGGAGCAGAUUGGAGAGAACAAGUACAGGUUCUUCCUUGGGAAUCAGUUCGGAGACUCACAGCAGCUGCGUCUUGUACGAAUCCUGCGCAGUACAGUCAUGGUCCGGGUUGGAGGAGGGUGGAUGGCGCUGGAUGAAUUCCUGGUGAAGAACGACCCUUGCCGAGUGCAACAUCCAGGACUUAAAAUCCUCCGUUCUGACUCCAGCAGCUCCAUAUCAUCUCGCAUAGCUCGUGGACGUACCAACCUGGAGCUUCGAGAAAAGUUCAUUCUUCCAGAGGGAGCUACGCAGGGUCUGGCGGCCUUCCGGUCCCGGGGUCGGCGAUCCAAACCUUCGUCGCGCACGGCUUCGCCCACCCGUUCAUCUUCAUCCGCGUCGCACAGCGCCCACAGCUGCGCCUCUCUACCCUCCGCACCCGCAACACCCACAGCCUCCUCAAGGUCCUCUCAAUCCCAAUCUCGUGGCUAUGCCAAGCCCUGGCUGGCACACAGUAAAACUCCAACACCAACCAAGUGCCAGUCCUGCCCAGAGCACAGCCAGACCCCUGGGCAUGAGGGAGGCUCCACAUCUAAACUGAAAAGACCAACUUUCCAUUCCAGCCGUGGCUCCUUAACCGGUGAGAACGGUGGAACACCAACCGCUGCUAAACCUGGACGCUCCGACACCAAACGCGCCCCGUCCUCGACGAGCGGCCCAGCCAGUCGAGCAGGGAGUCGUGCUGGAAGCCGAGCCAGCAGCCGAAGGGGCAGCGACGCUUCAGACACGUCUGAGCUCAUGGAGACACGCUCGGCUUGCUCCGAUACCUCAGACACCCCUCGCCGGCCUGGGGCCAAACCCUCCAAAAUCCCCACCAUCUCCAAGAAGGCCCCCAGCCCCAAAACACCAGCGGGCAAGAAAUGAAGCCUCCACCCUAUCAGUCUAAGUGACUGACUCUGAGGUGGUUGUGAUUUAACCAGCAGGGGGAGAACACCAACACCUUCCUCUCUCCAGUGUCCAGCACAGCCACACACUGCUACACAACCCAGAUCAAUACCUACCAUAAUGCUGCCUUAUUUGUGUUCUACAUCAUGUCCUUAAUUUGACUGACAUUGCGUUUUCUUGAAUGUGCGAUGGAGAACAUCUGGUGUGAGCAGACAUAUCUACACAGACACUCGGGAGGGACGUCAGUCCUGCACCAGGGGUUUUCACUAUUCUUCACUAUGAAUAUGCAACCGCCCGUCACUCUCCAAACCUCAUGCAUGGUUGUCACUUUGGUUGGACAGACUCGCCCUUUUCAAGUGUACGCAGACCAGUCUCUCCCGAGUGUCUGUGCCUCCGCAAACAAGAGGAAACAAAUGAAAAACAGAGACAUUUUCCUCCUGGACACUUGGGACUUUUUGGACUCAUGUAUGUUUGUGUGUAUGUAUGUGUGGUAGUUCCUGUCAUGGUAAAUUAACGCAGUAAUACGGAGAGGAAGUGGAGGAGGAUACAUAUCUCUAGCCUUCCCACGCCUGAAGAUCCUUGAAGACUAGAUUCCUCACGUCACACGUGAUCCUUUUAAAGGAACUCCUAUAGCGCACAGCACACGUUCACACCGACGGUCUUCUCCACUGUGUGUCCACGCAGUCUAGUUGUGUCCUUUUGUUACAGACAUCAUGUUUCAGAGCUUUUCCACAGUAUGCAAAAAUGAUUACAAUUGUGAAUGUUUGUUUCAUGGUUAAUUUAUAAUCCUGACAUUUUGUUUCUUUUCUAGAGUAAAGAGCUGUAUUUAUUUGUGAUUGCACUAUCAUAUGAACUCUUAAGAAUGACUAGUAUUAACACAACCGGAAUCACUCUUGGUUUCGUUUUUGUACAUCUGCUCCUGACGUAAUGAAUUUCUCCGACUGAUGUUAUAACUGACCAGGAAGCUUACUGAUUCCAAUGGUGGCCUUUUUGCCGGCGACUAGACUUUAGAUGACGUCAAAAGUGGCUUCCUACUUGUUCUUUCGUGACGGAAGCACCCUAAAUAAUGAAUGAUGGGGGCGGCUCGCAUAGCCCCCGUUAAAAACGGCGCUUUGAAUCUUGUCUUUGACAAGCUGAAGUAUAUGAAUACCUGAAGAAAGGUGAUUUUUAUUUAUUUAUUGUGUCAUUGGGAGGGAGGUGAGGGCUGUGAAAGGAUCCACCUUUUGAUUGUUACUCUUUUGACAUGACUGAGAGAAACGGGUGCAAUUGUGUAAAAGUAAAGAAGUUAUGAUUAUAAAUCCUUUUUGUUCUCUUUUGUAUUAAAACAAUGCUUGCAGUAAAA